CACAUCAUUACCGGAAGUGCUCCCGCGCUCCCCCUCCGUUCGUUCACUGUCUGGCGAAGAUGGCGGACGGCAAAAAUAAACGGGCCGACGCCGGUGACGCCGCCGAGCCGCUUCUGAAGAGAGCGAGACUCCGGGAUGCGCGCGGUGAUUCGGAGCACGGCGCGGCCGGAGACACAGAGCCGGUGGAGGCGGAACCGGAACCGGCGCUGAUGGACGAGUCCCAUCCUCAGGCCUCACUGAACAACAACAACAACAACAACCUCACCGAACCAAAACCAGAACCCGAGCCCGAGCCCGAGCUCUCCGACCUAACUGAUGCAGGUGUCCGUCCCAAUGGUUUCACAUCUCCUGAUCUUCCUCACGACGAUGAUGAUGAUGAUGACUGCUCGUCUCACGCCAGCUCCAGUGACUGGACGCCUCAGCCACAGAUCGGCUCGUAUCGGUUCAUUCAGCAGCACAUCAUGAGAGGAACCGACCCGAGGGCCAUCCUGAAAGACCUGCUUCCCGAAACAGUUCUCCCGGCGGAUCUGGACGACAUGACGCUGUGGCAGAUCAUCAUCAACAUCUCAGAGCCGCCCAAAAGAAAGAAACGCAAAGACGUCAACACGCUAGAGGACGUUGUGCGGCUCCUGAAGGAGAGGAAGAAGAUUCUGGUGCUCACGGGCGCCGGGGUGUCUGUUUCUUGUGGGAUCCCUGACUUUCGGUCUAGAGACGGCAUAUACGCUCGACUCGCCGUGGACUUCCCUGACCUUCCUGAUCCUCAAGCCAUGUUUGACAUAGACUACUUCAGAAGAGAUCCGAGGCCUUUCUUCAAAUUCGCCAAGGAAAUCUACCCGGGACAGUUCCAGCCGUCUCCGUGUCACAGGUUCAUCUCCAUGCUGGAUAAGAAGGCAAGGUUACUGAGGAACUACACGCAGAAUAUCGACACACUGGAGCAGGUGGCCGGGAUCCAGAAGAUCAUUCAGUGUCAUGGUUCCUUUGCGACUGCUUCCUGUCUUGUCUGUAAACAUAAGGUUGACUGUGAGGCCGUAAGGGAGGAUAUAUUCAACCAGGUUGUUCCUCACUGUCCCAGGUGUCCGUCAGAUGUCCCCUACGCCAUCAUGAAACCAGACAUCGUCUUCUUUGGCGAGAACCUUCCAGAAUUUUUCCAUCGAGCCAUGAAGCAGGACAAAGACGAGGUGGAUCUUCUGAUCGUCAUCGGCUCCUCACUGAAAGUUCGGCCAGUGGCUCUCAUACCCAGCUCUAUACCUCAUGACGUGCCUCAAGUCCUGAUCAACCGCGAGCCGCUGCCGCACCUGAACUUCGACGUGGAGCUGCUCGGAGACUGUGACGUCAUCGUGAACGAACUCUGCCAUCGUCUGGGUGGCGACUUCGAGCAGCUGUGCUACAACUCGUCCCGUCUCAGCGAGAUCACGGAGAAACCGCCCUCUCAGAGCCCGUCCACAGGAGCGUCAGCGGACACUUCACUGUCUCCUGAGAAGGAGGAGCCGCAGACAGCAGCCAGAAGAACAAGCCCUCAUCCAGAGCCGUUACCGGAAGCUAACUCAGACCCGAAGACAGCAAGUCCCUGUGACGCUACAGAAGCACCGGACGCUCCUGAAGACCUGAAGGAGGAAGAACCAGCGGACCCUCACCGUGCCGAAGUGCGGAGACGAUGCUGGAGGAGCCGAAUCUGUCAGAGUCCAAUCAGCAAACGACUCGGAGCCUCGCAGUAUUUAUUCCAAGCACCGAACCGCUACAUCUUCCACGGCGCCGAGGUCUACUCGAGCUCAGAGGACGAGUCGUCCAGUUCCUGCGGCAGCGACAGCGACGCCGUGGAUCAUGAAGACAGCGACGCAGAAGAAGAACAAAACACAGACGUUCUCGCAGAGACAGUACAGGAGCGUGAACACAAACGCCUUCAGACGGACUGCACCGCAGAAACACACCCACAAACCACACAAUAACUCACCAGCACUCGCUGCAUUUAAGUCUGUUUUAUAUAUUUUUGUAUUUCCUUCCUCCUAAACGCUCGUUGUGUCUUCUAAUGCAUGCGACUUCUUUCUUUUGUUCGGCUUAUAAACCUUUCUUUUGUUUCACCACCAGCCUUUUCGUAUUUUUACGGUGAGAAUUGAACACGCCGGAUAAAAAAGGGAAUGAUUUUCAAACCAAAGAUCACUUUCUCCGUAUCGUUUUCAUACGAUAGUUCCUUGUUGUGCACCAAACUGUGGCUUUUUUUUAGACAUUUGGCAGCUACGGUCAGCCUACUAUUGAAGCCUUUUAUACCCAGUAGACAUCAAGCUGAUGGUUUCCAUUAGUUUUCAGUUUGUAAACCUAUAGAAAGACAUUAUUUACAUGCGUUCACACUCUUGUGAUUGCUGUCCUCCAGCACUUAGUCAGUUCUGAAUCAGUUUUUGAUUAAUGUGCCUGUUGAUGUUGGUUGGUUUUUUUUCUCGCUCUUGUUGACCCGGCAUUAAAAUCUUUAUAACACUGUUAAGUUAUAAUAUCAACACGAUUUCAUGAUUCCCUCGUGCAGAUGACGCAGUUUUGGUCUCAUUUCUUUAAUGUUCAAAUUAAAGAUUUUGUGUUUGCAUUAAUUGCAGAUUGGCGAUGCUGCAAAAGAGUAAAUGAACACUUUUGUCACCAAAUACAGCACUCUUUUGACUCUCGUCACUCAUGCUUGAGCUAAACUCUGUACGUGAUGCAUGCAAGUUUUAAUUAAGAAUAGCAGAGAAGUAUUUUGCUCGGUAAUAAAAUACUCAAGAGUUCGCAGAAUGA